UGUAGGGACAGGGAAGCAGACUGGAAGGCAAGUGAAUAGAGCAACAAUAUUUCUGCCAAUUGUUGUUUUUCGUUAAGAUGGGUGUCACUGUAGUACUGAAGAGGCCAUCUCCAAAACAGUCACACUUAUGAGAGGAUGAACUAAAGAAGGUAUUAGAUAAGAAGAGCUAACUUGGCAGAACAUGCUGUCUGAGACCUCCAUUCAGAUUAGGCCACUCAUCAGGACAAGUUAUUUUAAACUCUAGGGUCAGAUAUGGAUUUCUCUGAAGUCAGCAAGAAGUCUGCUUUGCAUCCAAAACCAGCAGAGCUGGUUUUGCAAUAUGGUACAUCUGGUUUCCGCACAAAGGCACAGGAUCUCGAUCAUGUAAUGUUCCGCAUGGGUCUUUUGGCUGUUUUUCGCUCCAAAUGUACUAAAAGCACUAUUGGCAUCAUGGUCACAGCCUCACACAAUCCUGAGGAAGACAAUGGAGUGAAAUUAGUGGAUCCUCUGGGAGAGAUGCUGGCAGCAACUUGGGAGGAACAUGCUACUAAUUUAGCAAAUGCAGAGGAACAGUGUAUUUCCAGUGCAUUGGAGAACAUUGCUAAGAAAGAAGCUAUUGAUCUCCAGCAAGAAGCUUUUGUGGUGGUUGGCAGAGACACAAGGCAGAGCAGUGAGAAAUUGGUACAGACCGUAAUAGAUGGUGUGACAAUUUUGGGAGGCAAAUAUCAUGAUUAUGGCCUUUUAACGACACCGCAGUUGCACUAUAUGGUUUGUUGUCGUAAUACGUUGGGACAGUAUGGUACAGCAACAGAAGAAGGAUACUACAAGAAACUUGCCCAGGCUUUUAUGAAUCUAAUUAAAGAGGUCUCUUCAAGUACACAUUUCCCCAGGUGCUUGAUAGUAGAUGGAGCAAAUGGGAUAGGUGCUCUAAAACUGAAAGAGUUGCAACACUACAUUCAGAAGGAGUUUUUGUUCUCUAUCUUUAAUGAUGGAACAAGUGGCAAACUGAAUUACUUGUGUGGAGCAGACUUUGUGAAGGUCCAGCAGAAGCCACCACAAGGAAUACAGAUGAAGCCCAAUGAAAUGUGUUGUUCUUUUGAUGGUGAUGCAGACAGAAUAGUGUUCUACUAUAAUGACAGUAAUGGACACUUUCAUCUUCUGGAUGGAGACAAAAUAGCAACUCUCAUUAGCACAUUUAUCAAGGAGCUUCUGAUCAAGGCAAAUGUAGACCUGCCAGUAGCAGUAAUACAAACUGCUUAUGCAAAUGGAAGCUCGACCCACUACCUUGAAGACAUUAUGAAGGUUCCUGUGCACUGUGUCAAAACAGGAGUGAAACACUUGCACCACAAAGCACUGGAGUCUGACAUUGGUGUUUACUUUGAGGCUAAUGGUCACGGAACAGUGCUUUUUAGUAAGACAGCUGAAGAGAAAAUUAGAAGUCAGUUGAAAAAUGGAAGUAAAGAAGAAAAGAAGGCUGCUGCAAUGCUUCAGUACACAAUUGACCUGAUCAACCAGACAGUGGGGGAUGCCAUAUCUGACAUGUUGGCGAUUGAAGCGAUUUUAGCCAUAAAGGGUCUUUCUGUGCAAGAAUGGGAUGCGAUUUAUACAGAUCUUCCAAGUCGACAGCUUAAAGUCAAGGUUGCAGACAGAUGUGUUAUCACUACCACAGAUGCUGAAAGGAAUGCAGUUACUCCACCAGGACUACAAGUGCAAAUUGAUAAUUUGGUAAAGAAGUACAGAUUUUCCCGUGCAUUUGUUCGUCCUUCAGGAACCGAGGAUAUAGUAAGAGUUUAUGCAGAAGCAGACACACAGGAGAAUGCAGAUACCCUUGCAUAUGAAGUAAGUCUAGCAGUGUACCAGAUGGCUGGAGGAAUAGGAGAAAAACCAAACCCCCACAUUGAAAACAUGUUUAAUGUGACUGCAUUCACAAAGGAAAAGACUGCUAUUGUGUACCCUUAGUAAUUUCAAAUUAACAGCCAGAGAUUAAAUCAUUAUUUGCUUUUAAAAUAGGUGUACCAAUAGACUUGUACAAAGUAAAAUAAUUUUGCUGUUACUGGAGUAUAAUAUUUUCAGCAGUACCUUAACAUAUGUGGUACACUUAUGUAAUACCGAAAUGUUGAGUAUGUUUUACCAGACCAGACAGAAUCACAGUGGUUCAUAACUAAGCGUGUUAUUUUAUUUAUUUUUUUUUUGUUUUGUUUUAAUUUUGGGCUGGUUGCCAGAGACAUGUUGGAAAUCUAAAGAAGGAUCACCAGUUUCACACACUAUACAUGACAAAUGUACUAAACACAUUACCAUUUCCUAACUCUUUAAUGCUGUAAUAAAUUGUUUCUACUUUCA